AUGCAGCUUUUCGUAGAGACCCUUUCGGGCGCCCCGCUCACACUCAGCGUCGCGGCGGAUGCCUCGGUAGCUUCGGUUAAACAGGCCGUGGAAGAUGUCGAGUACAUCCAAAACUUCCGUCUGGUCUGUGCCGGCAAACAGCUUUCGAGCGGUUCACUCGCUGAUUACGCUAUUGGCGAGUGUGACACGCUGAAAAUGUUGCUGUCUGUGAACGGUGGUAUGCGUGCCAAGUGGCGCAAGAAACGUAUGCGUCGUCUUCGUCGCAAGCGCCGAAAAAUGCGUCAACGUGCCAGAUAA